AUGGCAAAUGACGUUGAAGAAAAUCCUGGACCCACAAUAUAUGAUGUGGUUGACCCAACUCAAACAGUAUGUGCUGGUUUCAGCCAAGGUGAUACAAGAAAAUUUAGGUAAAAUGCUGGUAAACAAUGUUUAGCCAUGUCCUUGACCGCAAUAAUACAUAGUCAUAUAUUAGAUGUUGAUACUUGGGAUACAUCAUUGUUGAACCACAUACUGUAUGCAGGAAAUGAUCUGUAUACUUUCAUAAGCAACUCUGUUAAAAAGAGCUACUUAUUGUUAACUGAUGUUCCAGAGAUGGUUUCAGUAUUUGACAAAAUUUAUCACUUAGAAUACAGUGACUCAUUGGCUGGAGAUCUAUUUAUAGAAAAUACCAAUUUACCUUAUUACUCUUUGGAACAUGCUCUUCGUGAUUUGUUUUAUGGUUCACAAUUAAGUUAUCAACAUUGUAUGUUGACAAUAAACUGUAAUACUAUUGCAAUUUUUAAAACUUCUGAUGUGAAUUUUAAAAUUUUUGAUUCUCAUUCAAGGGAUUCCUAUGGUAUACUGCAUCCAUUUGGAAAAUGUGUGUCAAUUUCUGUUGAAGGUAUAGAUAACCUUAUAAUUUAUUUACAAAAUACUGUUCCCAGAGGGGAUGAUGUACCAUUUGAAAUCAAAGGGGUAACUGUUGAGUUAGCAAAUUGUGAGAUUGGCAAAGAAACUGGUAUUGCAAUUUUAUCAGGAAAAGUUGCAAAUAAAAGACUGGAAACAGCUAGAAAUUAUAAAAAAAAUAAGCGGGCAGUAGAGACUGAAGCUGCAAGGGAGAUCAGACUUGAAUCUGAUAGGAAAUAUCAUGAAUUAAAAAAAGCAAGAGAAAUUGACCUUGCAAGAAAAAGGAGACUCGAAAACAAUAAAAAUUGUCAUAAAUUGAAAAGAGCAGUAGAAACUGAAACUGAAAAGGAAAUUAGACUUGAAAAUGAUAGAAAAUGUCAUAAAUUUAGAAAAGCAGUAGAAACUGAAACUGAAAAGGAAAUUAGACUUGAAAAUGAUAGAAAUUGUCAUAAAUUUAAAAAAGCAGUAGAAACUGAAACUGAAAAGAAAAUUAGACUUGAAAAUGAUAGAAAUUGUCAUAAGUUGAAAAAAGCAGUAGAAACUGGAACCGAAAAGGAAAUUAGACUUGAAAAUGAUAGAAAUUGUCAUAAAUUUAAAAAAGCAGUAGAAACUGAAAGUGAAAGACAGCUACGGUUGAAAAAUGAUCGGGAAUAUAGAAGGAAAAAACGAGCAAAUGAAACUACUGUAGAAAAACAAGCUAAGAAAAGAAAAUUGUCAGAUAAGUCUGAAUUAAAUAUCUGUCCUCUAUCUAGGCAAGGCAGUUCAAUAAUUGACAGCGAAAUUCCAAGUCAAGAGAAUUAUUUGAAAGAGUUUGAUUCAAUCAAAAAUGGAAGUAUUCAUGAACAAAUGUGGGCAAAAGCUAAUAUUAAGAAAUUUCAUAAAUCUGUUGAAUUUUUCAUAAGUAAAUGUUCAAUUUGUCAUGAGGCAUGGCCUCUUAAAUCUAAACCAAGAUCAUGUACUGGUUAUGUAUGUUCACAAUGUUGUAGGGAUAAAAAAUCUCCUAAAAAAUUUUCGUCUGAAAAUUCGAUGAUCCCUUCUUCAGUUCCACAGCAGUUAAAAGAUUUGACUCAAGUUGAGGAAAUGUUGAUUGCACGAGCUCUUCCAAUCAUGAGAGUUUAUAUCAAACCUGGUGGACAACGAGGCUACUCAGGCCAUUGCAUCAACCUGCCACAAAAUGUAAAAGAACUGGCAACAUCAUUGCCAAGAUAUCCAAAAGAAUUGUCUGUGAUUAUUGUCAAGGCUAAAGGUAAAAAUGACACAUUUAAAGAUGUUACUGUAAGGAAACAAAAAGUACAUAAAGCGUUAUUGUGGCUAAUACAAAAUAAUCCAUAUUAUUCUGACUUACAAGUUAAUGAAGAUGCAUUAAACUUAUUACCUGAGAAUGGUGUACCACCAGACCUUAUGACUGUUGAGACUGAUGACGAUAUAGUCUCAGAUGAUAACUGUUCUCCUGAUGUAGGUCCUCCUACUGAUAACCCAACAGAGGAUAUUGUGUAUAAUGACUCUACUGAAAUGAGUAGUUUUCUACCUGUUGGUGAACAACAACAACAGGAGAUAGAAGCUGUUAGAAAUCAGCUUACUGAAAAUGACCCAAUGCAAUGGCCCUCAGUUGAAAAUGAACCUUUAAACGAGUAUCAGAUAUCACAUCUAGCUACUAUGGCUUUCCCAACAUUAUUUCCUGAUGGAAAAGGUGACCCUACUAACUCAGGUAUAUUGAGGGAUGUCCCUCUCCAAGAACGAGUAAAGCAUCUUUUAAAAUUUGCUGAAAUGAUUGAUGGUAAAUGGGUAUACCGUUUUGCUAGCCAUCCUAGAUUUUCUUAUUGGGCUUUUAACAUGAUUCAAAGAAAGCGAAUUUUUCAGCAAAGUGGAAUAUUCCUUAAACAAAAUCCAGGUGAAGCUCAUCUCACAAUUGAUGAACUGCGAGAAAUGGCUGCCAGUAACAAUGCUAAUGUAUUUAUGUCUAAAGUAUCUAGAUAUGUCGGUAAUAUUGCUGGAACAAAUGCUUACUGGAAUAAAGUAAGAGAGGAACUCAAAGCUAUCAUAACUAGUGUUGGAGCACCAACAUUAUUUUUCACUUUUUCCUCUGCAGAUAUGCAUUGGCCUGAAUUACAUGCUUUAUUUAAAGCUGAUGGUGACAUUGCUGAUUCUACUAGUGAUGUAAGACGACAAAAUGUAAUUAACAACCCCCAUAUUGUAGAUUGGUUUUUUACCCAAAGAUUAGAAAGCUUUGUAAAACACUGGCUUUAUAAUACACUUGGUGCAAAAUGGCACUGGUUUAGAUAUGAAUACCAAGGUAGAGGUAGUAUCCAUUGUCAUGGUACUGCUAAACUAAAUAAUGACCCAGGUUUAUGUCAACUUACUCAGACUGCUCUGAAAGGGUUUCUAGCUCAGAAAUUUAAGGAUGAAAAUGAUUGUUCAGAUACAACAGAACUAGAUCAGGAUAUUGAAGCUGGUAAGAGAGCUGCUGACACAGCAUGUCAGUAUGUUGAUUGGUUAUUGUCGACUGUCAGUCCUAACCCACCAGAUCAAGACAUGUGGAUUAGACCACAA